AUGGGUCACCAAGAAGCCCAAGACGGGGCAGAGUUUGUGACCUGGCUAUCUCGGCAACCCUGGUGCAAUGGGAGAGUUGGACUCACUGGAAACAGCUGGCUGGCCAUGUCACAAUGGAAAAUAGGAAGUUUGCGGCCCGAAGGCUUGGAAGCUCUCGCCCCUUGCUACGGCAAGCUUGAAGACCUUUCUGGUGCGGUUAAGAUAUAUCCUCUCUGGAAUGAGUAUUGGGAAGACAAACACUCGAAGUGUGAUCAGAUCAAUAUUCCUACAUACGUGGUAGCCUCGUGGACAAAUCCAAUUCGUACUUCGGGAACAUUGCGAGCUUACCGAGCCAUCCCUGAUUCAGUCCCGAAGUGGCUUCGCGUGCAUAACUGCCAGGAAUGGCCGGACUAUUAUGCUGAUUCUAGCUGUCGUGACCUAAAGCGCUUUUUUGACUACUUCCUGAAGGGAAAGAAGGAUAAUGGCUGGAAGACGACACCGAGAGUACGUCUUAGUAUCUUGAAUUUUGGGCUAUCAGGCUUGGAAGAUACAGUAAACAGGUCAGAACGGGAGUGGCCACUGGCUCGAACCAAAUACAAGAAGCUUUACUUGACUUCUAACCAGCAGAUGGGCCCGUCGCUACAGGACCAGGGACCUUGCUCUGUGACGUACGACUCUAGGAGUGGAAAGGCAAUUUUUCGGUAUCGCAUACCAGAAGAUAUGGAGACUACGGGUUAUUUUGUUCAUCGUCUUGCAGUAUCCUGUGAGUUGGAUACAGAUAUGGAUCUGUUCGUUCAAGUGUGUUGUCUCCGGGGAAAGUCUCUUUUUAAGCAGGGUGUUUUAACUAUCCGGCCUAACAACGCGGUGGUACUAAGGCUGUUGAAAUUGUUGCAUGAUUGGCAGAUUUUGCUUCAAGGAGUUGGUAUGCUCCUCCACUGGGGACCUAUGGGCCAGCUGCGAGUGAGCCACGGACAUCAGAAGAGUCCACUCUCUACCUCUUUCGAGCCACUUUAUGAGCACAAGGAAAAGGUCCCGUUGGUGAAGGGAGAGGUCCGAGUAGUGGAGAUACCACUGCGUCCCUACGGCAUGUACUGGCAGAAAGGUGAUAUUAUGGAAUUUUCAGUGUCCGGGAAACCUGUGCUUCCCUUUCCAAUCCCUGGUGUCCAACCUCUGGAAGGCAAAAACACCGGCACUCACGUUAUUCAUUGUCUCAAUAGUGGCGAGAAUAGCUCUUGUCUUAUCAUUCCUUGUGUUUGA